GGCUCUCUCCCACUCCUCGGAAUCGUUCGCUCCGAAGCUGCCGACAGUCAAUAACAUUGAAAGCUGAUUGAAUAAUAUUAACCGGCUUAUGUUCAGUAAGAACGUAUCAAUGGGAGCCUAUAACGAACGGUAGGUAUACUCGCGUAUCAUAAAAUAGAUAAGUAAAGACCGCAUAAUGAAAUUGUAAUAGUGAACUGUGGAUUGUCAAUGUUUUUUAAAACUUUAAUAUCAGUAUUUACAAAGGCUAACGACGGUGUAGUAAGCACUGGAUUUUAGUUUCCCCACUGGAGAUAAAAGGAUACUAGAAGACUCUUCUGCAUAAUUGUGUCCUGUCUUCUGCGAGGUAUCCCGACAACCAGCGAUACUUCGUUGAUCAAUCACCAUGGAAGGCGAAGGAAAGGGGUUGACGCUCCAGCUGAUGAUGGCAGUGGGAACAGCUGUGAUUGGCUCGCUGCAGUUUGGCUACAACACAGGGGUCAUCAAUGCUCCCCAAAAGAUCAUCGAAGGCUUCCUGAAUGACACGUGGAACAGCAGGUACUCUGAGCCCAUCCCUACUACUUCCCUGACCACCCUGUGGUCCAUAUCCGUGGCCAUCUUCUCUGUCGGGGGCAUUUUCGGCUCCUUCUCCGUGGGCCUCUUUGUCAACCGCCUGGGCAGGAGAAACUCGAUGCUUAUUGCCAACGUGCUGGCGUUCAUCUCCGCCGGGUUCAUGGGCUUCUCCAAGCUGGCGGCGUCAUGGGAGAUGCUGAUUAUCGGGCGCUUCAUUGUGGGGCUCUACUCCGGCCUGUCGACUGGCUUCGUGCCCAUGUACGUGGGGGAGAUUGCUCCCACCUCGCUCCGCGGGGCGCUGGGCACUCUGCACCAGUUGGGCAUCGUCCUUGGCAUCCUCAUGGCACAGGUGUUUGGGAUCGAGUCGAUCAUGGGGAACUCCACUCUGUGGCCCUUCCUGCUGGGCUUCACAUUCAUCCCAGCCAUGCUGCAGUGUAUCCUGUUACCCUUCUGCCCCGAGAGCCCCCGCUUCCUCCUAAUCAACCGCAACGAGGAGCUCAAGGCCAGAGAAGUGCUGGAGAAGCUGCGAGGCACUGAGGAGGUGGGCGCCGACAUGCAGGAGAUGAAGGAGGAGGCCAGGCAGAUGAUGAAGGAGAAGAAGGUGACCAUCCUGGAGCUGUUCCGCUCGCCGCUCUAUCGCCAGCCCAUCUUCAUCGCCGUCAUGCUCCAGCUCUCCCAGCAGUUGUCUGGCAUCAACGCUGUUUUCUACUACUCCACCAGGAUCUUUGAGAAGGCGGGAGUCUCUCAGCCAGUCUAUGCUACGAUUGGUGCCGGAGUGGUCAAUACAGCCUUCACUGUUGUGUCUCUAUUUGUCGUGGAGCGUGCUGGGCGAAGAUCCCUUCACCUCACUGGGUUGCUGGGGAUGGCAUUCUCAGCUGUCCUGAUGACAAUCGCUAUGGCACUACUGGACCAGCUGCCAUGGAUGUCCUACGUCAGCAUCGUAGCCAUCUUUAGCUUUGUGGCCUUCUUUGAGAUCGGCCCGGGCCCCAUCCCCUGGUUCAUCGUGGCUGAGCUCUUCAGCCAAGGUCCUCGGCCCUCUGCCUUUGCCGUUGCUGGAUUCUCCAACUGGUCGGCUAACUUCAUAGUGGGCAUGACCUUCCAAUACGUUGAGCAACUGUGUGGCCCCUACGUCUUCAUCAUCUUCACUGUGCUACUGCUGGGCUUCUUCAUCUUCACUUAUUUCAAGGUGCCCGAAACCAAGGGACGGUCGUUUGACGAGAUCUCAGCCGGCUUCCGCCAUGAGGCCGGACAGUCAGGGGAAAAGUACGCUCCUGAUGAGAUGAACAGCCUUGGGGGAGCUGACUCUCAACUCUAAGAUCUCCGACAACACCCCCAACCACCUUCAAUACUACUGAUAGACUGGGUGGGCAACAUACGCCUGGGCAUUUCUAGUUUAGGGACGAGUGACACUCCUAUAGGCCUUCAGAGUCCCACCUCUCCUGCUCUCUGUGGUAAACUGAUGACUGCAGUAUGCAUGGGGUUCCAGGAGGGUGCGAUGAGAGACUGCAAAUUCACAAUAGAGAUGUGUAGAGAUCACAACGUUGUAUGUUUCAUUAUGGUGUCUGUGGCAGCAUGGGCAGCACCAUUGAGGCCAACUCCAUUUUAAAGUAGUACAUUUUCUUCUUUUGAUGUUUAAAAAAAGUGUAAUGCUAUUGUGAUUUACCACCACCUGCAGUGCUGUAGUCUUGAAACAAAUCUGGGGUGUCAUUAAUUUAUUAUGUCAACUAGAUGGCUGUGAUAUAGCUUAAAAGCCCGUUACAAACUAGGCAAAACAAUUUGAAGACAAUGCUCUGAUCAUUGAGAGAAUCUCAAUUGCAUUGUCCUCGCGUCCUCUCAUCUCCUUUUCAAAAUCCAUUGGAAGAGGUCAGAGGCGAGGGACCUCUGGCUUUUUCAUCCAAUGGGUUUUGAGAAGGAAGCGAGGCGUAUGCAAUUGAGAUUCUCCCAUUGGCCUUCCCCACCCAGCUGACUACUUUAAAAUGUUGGAAGACCUCAAUGGCAAUGUCCAUGCAAAAAAUUGUUAUUUCCAAGUAGCGAUCUCUAUACAUCUCUAUAGUAUUCACAGGAAGUAGAGGCUCUCCUUGUAAACCCUUGUGUAAUAUUGGCAGAUAUCCAUAUCAGAGACGGAAGAGAAAGCGAGACAUCUCACAGGCAAAUUCUUUCAUCUCCGAUAGGGUGGCGCAAACGGGGGAGAGGGGAAUAAGUAGACCAGUGCCAGCUGUUAUAAAAGGGCGUUUAUGAGACAUCUUCAUUAUCUUGUUGGUUUAAAUCCUCAUCAGUCUGAAAGGGAAAAUGGCUCUUUAUCCUCUUUUGGUCUCUUCCUGCAGCUUAAAAGUGCUGACUUGGUUGCUAUUAAGAUAACAAAGUGAAACACUGAAUUAAACAAUGCUUUCCAUUCCACUUAUCCAAUCCUUAAUAUCACCACAGACUAUGCAGUUAGUGAGACACAUUCUCAAUUCCAACUGUUCAUCCACAAUUUACUUCAGCAAACUCUGACAAUAAAAACAAAGACCCCCGACCAAUCUUAUUGACAAAAGGUUAUAACAAGGCACCAUAUCCCUGACCAAGCUGAGAUAUUGUAAAAUGUAUGUCAAUAUUUUACUUAUUUGUGUCUUGGCUCUUCUGUUACUGAGGAGCAAUAUGAACAAUCUUUGCUAAAGCAUUCUAUUUAUGCCAUGAGAAGUUAAUUAUGAAGCCAACUCUAUUCAUGGAAGUUUGAUUAUAUAUCCCUCAAUUAUUUUCUUUAUUAGGUGAAGUGUUAUAUUGUAUCUUAAUAUAUGACUCUGAUAGGACUGAAUGCUUGUAUGUAAUGGAAUACCAACGGUAAUGUCUAUUUAAUGAACUAACUUCAUUUCAAGUUUUACAAUAGUCUUGAUCUUUGCACAAAACCUUACUGCGUCUAAGUGGGACUUAGUAGUUUUAGCACACCAUUCCCUGAAAAUAACCUUACCUUUCCUCAACCACUGUCUAUUGGCAUAAUAAUACUGCACAUUUGGUUUGAAAUGAAAUGUCAAACUAUACUAGCAACAGUGGUGUAGUGGAGGGUAAACGCAAGUAAACACAGUUUAUCCAGCUUUUUGUGCCCAACAGUUUACCAUGGUCUUGUCAAAUUGUUGAACUAGAUCACAUUUUAUAAUUAUUUAAUCUGUUUUUCUCUCAACACAAUUGAUUUACACUAUAUAAAACAAUAAAAUAGAAACUUUUAAAUUAUAUUGCAUAAUUAGAUAAUGUCAACUAACCAGGCAUAUCAAGUGUAUUAUUGAACUAUGUUUAUAAUAUUUCUGUAUCUGCCCUUUGAUUUGUUUAACAAAUUGUAGCUGUCGUUGAUCCUCAAUUUUAGUUUUGGAAUAUGCAUUUAAAUGUGUUCACCACCCCAAUAUAAACGCAGCAAAAAAAGAAACGUCCUCUCACUGUCAAUUGCAUUUAUAUUCAGCAAACCUAGCAUAUGUAAAUAUUUGUAUGAACAUAAGAUUCAACAACUGAGACAAACUGAACAAGUUCCACAGACAUGUGACUAACAGAAAUGGAAUGUGUCCCUGAACAAAGGGGGUGUCAAAAGUACCAGUCAGUAUCUGGUGUGGCCACCAGCUGCAUUAAGUACUGCAGUGUAUCUCCUCCUCAUGGACUGCAGCAGAUUGGCCAGUUUUUGCUGUGAGAUGUUACCCCACUCUUCCACUAAGAAACCUGGAAGUUCCAAGACAUUUCUGGGAGGAAUGGCCCUAGCCUCACCCUCAGAUCCAACAGGUCCCAGAUGUGCUCAAUGGGAUUGAGAUCGGUGCUCUUCGCUGGCAGAAAAUCAUGCACAGAACGAGCAGUAUGGCUGGCAUUGUCAUGCUGGAGGGCCGUGUCAGGAUGAGCCUGCAGGAAGGGUACCACAUGAGGGAGGAGGUCUUCCCUGUAAGGCUGAGAGAGGCUGGACUCAAUACAAUGUAUCAUAAUUUCCCUACUUGUUUCAAACUGUGUGUGUCCAUGCAUGCAUGUAAUUGUGUCCCUCUUUCUCUUGUGUGUUCGUGUACACACCACAAGUUACUAGGCUAUUGACUUUUCUUUAGUAUUGAACACUUCCUGUAAAUAACAUAAAAUAUAAAUAAUUGUAGUUGUAUAACAAGAACAAAAGAAAAUCCCAUGUAAGCUCUAACUUGUCAAUUAUAGAGUGGGGACAUAUAUAAUUUUCUAAAACAAAUAAUUUAUUAGCGAGCUGUACAAAUUUACUGUAUAAUAAAGAUAAAAUCUGUGUGUUGUGCCGAGUGGUUGGGGGUGUAGAUUUUUAGCUUUCUUUUAUGUAAAAAACAAUGUGCCAAGACUGCUAUAUUCAGUUUUUCCCCUUUUUUAUGAGGUAUUGUAUAGCUGGAUAUUUGGCUCAAUAAAAACCAGCUGCACCCAGGGAA